AUGUCAGCCAAACACUUUGUUAACGAUCCAACCCACCUCGUCUCCUCGGCUCUCCACAGUCUCACUCUCACCAACCCCUCAGUUGCUCUAGAUCCGGAAUUCAAAGUCAUAUACCGUCGUCCUGAUUCCAAUGUCAAACCUCAAGUAUCCAUCAUCUCAGGCGGCGGCUCUGGCCAUGAGCCUUCCUUCGCAGGUAUGGUCGGCCAAGGCAUGCUCUCUGCUGCUGUAGCCGGUACCAUAUUUGCCUCCCCUUCAGCGGAGCAGAUACGCGCAGCCAUCACUUCUCGUGUCGAUACGUCCAAGGGUGUGUUGGUCACCGUAAUGAACUACACUGGUGAUGUCCUCAACUUUGGCAUGGCUGUCGAAAAGGGAAAGGCUGCAGGGCUUGACGUUGAAAUGGUCGUUGUAGGCGACGAUGUUGGAGUUGGCCGCGCCAAAGCCGGAAAGGUUGGACGUCGUGGAAUCGCGGGCACCGUUCUCGUCCACAAGAUCUCAGGUGCCCUCGCUGCUCUAGGAAAGCCUCUGGAGCAGGUAGCCAAAUAUGCCCAGCUUACUGCAGACAACCUUGUCAGCGUGGGUGCCAGUCUGGAACACGUGCAUGUUCCUGGUCGCAAGGUCGAUACAGAGGCAAGUCUCGCAGCAGACGAAGUGGAAUUGGGGAUGGGCAUUCAUAACGAGCCUGGUUCUGGACGCGAAAAUGUUGAGUUGCCUGACCUUGUGACUAAAAUGCUUCAACAAUUGCUCGACGCCAACGACAAAGACCGAGCGUUCGUCAACGUCAGCUCUAAAGAAGUCAUCCUCAUGAUCAACAAUCUGGGAGGAGUCAGUGUUCUCGAGAUGGGCGGUAUCACAGCAGAGGUUGCGAGCCAACUUGAGUCCAAGUACAAUAUUCGUCCCGUCAGAGUGCUCAGCGGCACAUACAUGACUAGUCUCAACGGUCUCGGUUUCAGCAUUUCUCUUCUCAACGUUGUGGCUCCCGAUUUUGACGCUCCGAGUAUGAUUGAGCUGCUUGAUGCUCCCAGCGAGGUCGUUGGCUGGUCUGCUCCUAUCAAAACCAGCACUUGGGAGGCCAAAAACACUAGCACGAGAACUGAUCGUGUUAGUGCGACCGAGGACAUCAAGUCUAGUGAUCUUAAAACAGAUGCAAGCAACGCUCAAUCAGCAUUAAAGAAUGCGCUGCAAAAGGUCAUCGAUGCUGAGCCUGAAGUCACGCGUUAUGAUACUAUCGUUGGGGACGGUGACUGCGGUAUCGGAUUGAAGCGAGGCGCCGAAGCAAUUCUGAAACAUGUGGAACAGCGUCCUCUCACCGGUGAUGUUGUUGUGGACCUUGCUCGCAUCGUGACAAUCGUGGAAACGGCCAUGGAUGGAACCUCGGGUGCUCUGUAUGCCAUCUUCCUUAACGCCCUGGUCAAGGCUCUUCGAGAGCUGGCACCGGGCAAUGCAUCUCCGGAAGUCUGGGGCAAAGCUCUUAGGAAAAGCAGCGAUGCUCUGGCCAGAUACACACCCGCUCGCCCGGGCGACCGUACUUUGGUCGACGCUCUCCACCCCUUUGUGGAAGUGCUGAACCAGACAGGAGAUGUCAAGAAGGCAGCUGAGGCAGCCUUGGAAGGGGCCAACAAGACCAAGGGUAUGCAAGCUAGCUUGGGCCGAACCGUCUAUAUCGGAGGUAGUGGAUAUCAGGAGGUUCCCGAUCCUGGUGCUUGGGGACUGGCCUGCUUCUUCCUUGGUCUGACUGGUUAG